UGUUACUUCCUGUUUUGUCCGGAGACUCCUCGGUCUUUCGGCGGUGUCUCCGUCCCUUUGUUCCCCGGACACUCGGUUCUGGACCCGGACUGUCGGUCCAGUCCCCGGUCCGGUCGUCACCGGUCCACCGGGAGCUGCGGCACUCAGUGACCCGGACGCAGAGCAGGGGAGCCGGGCUGAGCCCACAGGAGGAGCCGGUGUCGGUCUGGUCCUGAUGGAUUUUACAUAAACCGGUCGUGAAGGUCCGGUAAGACUCUGCGGGUCUGAGGCGGGUUCAUCUGUCUGCUGAUCAGUAACCGGGUCAGGUAGUUCAACCAGAACCAGAACCUCUUUGACCUCUAACUCCGACAUGAAGUGCCUGCUUUAUAAACUGACUCCGGUUCUGGACCGAGUGGGGCUCGACCCGGUUCUGCUCAGUUCGUAAAUGUUCUGAAUGUCCUUCAGGUGUUUGUCUGUGGGUCUGACCCAGUUGGACCUGGAUUUGGAUCUGAUCUGGUUUCAGUUUAUUUAAAGGCGAAGUUCCUCUCAGGUCUGGUCUGGACCCGGACCCAGGAUCUAAAUAAUUCUGGUUCUGUCCCACAUUCUCAGUGAACCGGUCCAGAGUUAAUCCGGGUUCCACCAGAACUGGGUUCAACUCAGUCCGAAUUUUUUAAAUCAGKUUUGUUUAAACUAGACUUUAGUGGUCCAGGUGGUCCUCCUUAAACUGGACCAGUACCAGUACUGGGUUUAUUGGGAACCAGAAUCCAGUCCAGGUUUKAAACCUUCACAUUCUGAUCUGGGUUUGGACUCUAACAGGUCCUGAAUGCAGUCAGACCUGGUGACCCUGGUCCACAUGGGUCUGGGACUUUAAAGACUUCUUUGAUUUGGGUUGAUGGUGUUGAUCCGGAUCUGAACCGGGUCCAGACCCUGGUUUAGGUCACCAUGGCAGAACUCCACCAGGCCCCCACCUCCCUGUGCUGCUGCCGUAAAUCCCUGCCGGUCUCUGGGGGCCGGUUUGCCGGGGCCUCUGGCCGGCCCCCGGCGGUCCAGGGGUCCCAGGUCCCGCGCUGUCCCCUGGUGGACGUGGCCUCGGCCUCAAACUUCAGGUUCUUCAAGCUGACCCACUUCCACCUGGACCUGCGCCUGAACUUUGCAGUGAAAGAGAUGAGCGGCUGGCUGGUUCUGGACCUAGUCCCGGUCCACCCGUCGGUUUUCACGCUGGUCCUGGACUCCCACCCGUCCCUGUUGAUCCACUCCAUAGACUGUAAGGUCCCUGAGGAGGGUCCGAAGGAUCCCGUGUCCCUCACGUACCGGCUGGAUCCGUUCACAGACUACGGCUCCUCCCUCAGCAUCAGCCUGCCCACCGAGGCCGUGAAACCCGGCAGGCUGGUCCAGAUCACGGUCCGGUACACCACCACGGACGGCCCGGCGAUCUGGUGGUUGGACUCUGAGCUGACCUGUGGACAGACUCGUCCUCUGGUCUUCACUCAGGGACACUCGGUGUGUAACCGCUCCUUCUUCCCGUGUUUCGACACGCCUGCUGUGAAGAGCACGUAUACCGCAACCGUCCGGGUACCAGACGGAGUCACGGUUCUGAUGAGCGCCUCUCAGAGCUCGUACUCUAAACCGGAGCGGAUAUUCCAGUUCUCCAUGGAGUUCCCCGUCCCCUCCUACCUGGUGGCGCUGGUGGCCGGGGAGCUGCAGCACGUCGACGUCGGCCCGAGGAGUCGUGUGUGGGCGGAGCCUUGUCUGCUGCCCUGCGCCGUCAAGAAGCUAGGGGGCAGCGUGGAGCGCUGGCUGGGCGUGGCCGAGGACUUGUUCGGCCCUUACCUGUGGGGCAGGUGCGACAUCGUCUUCCUGCCCCCCUCCUUCCCCAUCGUGGCCAUGGAGAACCCCUGCCUCACCUUCAUCAUCGCCUCCAUCUUGGAGAGCAGCCAGUUCCUGCUGAUCGACGUCAUCCACGAGAUCGCACACGGCUGGUUUGGCAACGCYGUCACCAACGCCACCUGGGAGGAGAUGUGGCUGAGCGAGGGCCUCGCCACCUACGCACAGCGCAGGAUCACCACCGAGGCCUACGGUGAGGCCUUCACCUGCCUGGAGACGGUGGUUCGAUUGGACGCCCUGCACCGACAGCUGCGCCUCCUCGGAGACAACAACCCUGUGAGCAAACUGCAGGUCAAGUUUGAGCCAGGUGUGAACCCGAGCACUCUGAUGAACCUCUUCACCUACGAGAAAGGCUUCUGCUUUGUGUCCUACCUGUCUGAGCUCAGCGGAGACAUCCGGCGCUUUGACGGCUUCCUCAGGAGUUGAUGGAGAGGUUCUCUGGCUCCUACUCGUCUCUGUUCGAUGGUCUGAAUGCUGAGGUUCAGAUCCGCUGGCUGCAGAUGGUUGUGAGGAACACCUUCUACCCUGACCUGCCUCGAGUCCGAGCCUUCCUGCACAAACACACCUCCAGGAUGUACACGGUGCCGCUGUACGAGGACCUGGUUUCUGGGGUGAUGAAGUGCGUUGCCGUGGAGAUCUUCUACCAGACGCAGCGCCGCCUGCACCCAAACCUCAGACGGACGCUACAGCAGAUCCUGUUUCCCAACAGCUCAGCACCCGCCAAUCAGAACAGCCCGGCUCCGCCCACUGCGGCUAGCCCCUCCCCCUCUGUUUCACCACCUCCUGCUGCAGCUCCCACCGGGACGRCCUCCAUCGCUCUGCGGGACGUGAACGUCUCUGCGUGACGAUGACCGCGGCCAUCUUCAUCGUCUUUGUUUACAAACAAAAACAUUUUGAUGAAAGUGUUAAACAGGAAGUGGUGCUGCCAGUGUUAUUAGUCACUUCCUGUUCGGAGUCAUGUGACCUACAGAAUCAGUCAUGAUUCACUGUGUUCCUGUUGACUGGAUCAGGGUCCUGCAGGACCAGCAGAGGAGGUAUCAGACCGGAUCAGAACCGCUGCGUGUCUUUUCAGUUCUCGGGCUUUAGGGAACAGGAUCUGGUCUUAAAACAAAAACUGGGUCCAGAUUCUGGAUGAUCCAGGACCUCACCCUUAAAUUCAGAACCGGGUAAAGAUUUGAUCAGGUUUAUGAAGUCCUGAAACCCGAGAACUGGACUGUUUGGGUUCUGUUUCUCACCGGGUCGGACAGGAAGUCCUUCAGAUCCGGUCAGCCCUGAUUUCAUGAGGCUCUUGUGCUGAUUUCAUUUUUAAACAUUUUUAUCCAAAGACGGAAACAAGAACCACCUGCUGACCCGGUUCUGUUAGUCUUUGUGAAGACAAAGUUCUGGAGGUUGUCUCCUUUCUUUUCUUUGUUUCCUGUUUGACGCAGUGAAUGCUUUGUUUCAUCUUCACUGUCCUCCAGAACCAGAACCAGAACCUGAGCUAUCCCUCUCCUGAGCCCGACUCUCCCACGGAGCAGAACCUCAGGUCCGUCUGGACCUCAUCAGUCCAUACCAGCAGCCUUCACCUGAGCGGCCUUAAAUCUUCACUGUGAACAGUUUCCACCCCGGAUCUGAUCAGAACCAGAACCAGAACUCAACCAGCUGAUUUCAAAUAAAACCUUCCWUCAGAAUAUUUCAGUAAAUUAAAAUAACAGCGAAUCAUAAAAUUUUAAACAUUUUCACAGUUUAUAAACAAAUUAUUUUAUUUAUUGUUUGACAAAAAAAUCUCCUUAAGACGGUUUAUUUCCUGAAAUAAUUAACGGUACUUUAUUUUGAAAGAGUUGAUCAUAUUCUGAUUUUAUUUUUUAGGAGGAACCGGAAGUGUAGAGACCGACUUGUUAGCGGGGUUCUUUGAUGUCUGCGGUUUGGUCAAUUAAUAACCGGAAGCUGAGGGCUCCACCUUCACAAUAAAAGCAUUAAAUUGAAUAAUGUUUUCAAGAAGUUUUCUGUUAUUUGAUGGUUUUCAUGUUUUUGAAUGAAAAUAAAUUUAUUUAAAAUUCUUUA